AUGAAAAGAGUAUGGACCGAUUCAUCAAUAAUAAAACAUAUAUCACAUUUACUUCCAUCACCUAAAACUAUUCUUAAUAAUCAACUUAAUUCCAAUAGUAAUCAUGAUUUAAUUGAAUCAAUAGAAAUAUUUAACGAAUUAGCUGCUUAUUAUGCUCAAAUAGCAGUUAGAGAUCUUGAUUUAAAUCAACAACAUCAUCGUUUAUUAAAUGCAAGUCGUUCUCUUGCUUCAACUUUAUAUCCGAAACAAGUAGUAAUAUGGCAUUCAACACAACUUCGUCUUAUUCAAUUAAUUGAACGUUUUCCUCGUUUAAAACCAUUUUUAAUCUUAUUAAAUAAAUAUGAUUCACAUUUAAAAGAUAUUCUUAGUGGAGAAAAAAAUGGAUUAGAUAGAUUUGUUGGUGAUGAUGAAAUUGAACAAAUUUUUCAACAAAUUAAAACUCUUAUAAGUGCAACUAAAACACGACAAAUUUUUCAUUCGAUUUGUCAACAUUUACAAUUACAAUAUGAGCAAACCAAAGAUAAUUUAUUUGAAAAUUAUCGAUUACGUAUAUUUUGGUUAACUGAUAAUGAUUGUUUAUUAAUUGAUUUACAUUAUGCAGAUUCUGAUCCAAUACAACUUGCAAAUGCUCAACAAACAUUUAAUACACAUAUAACUAAUCAAACAAAUUUAUCUAUUAUUUAUGAUGAAACAAUUGCUUUAUAUGAUAGUAAAACACUUGAAAAAAUACCAACAGAAUCAUUUCAUAUUAUCUUUUCUUCUAAUCACCUUCUAGAAAAUCAAGAUUUAACAAAUUCAUUAAUUAAUCUUCGUCGUUUACUUGUUCAUAAUGUUCUUCUUUUAUUACUUGAAUUAGUUCAUGUUCCUCUUUAUUUUGAUCUUAUUUUUGGUUUUAUUGAUCAAUGUCAAAAAACAAUAUCAAAUGAUAUAUUACAAAGACUUGAUGAAAGAAAAAAUCAAUUAUGGUUAAAAUUUUCUAAAGAUGAUAAUAAUAAUAAAAAAUUUAAACAAAAUGAGGAACUUAUAUGUGGAACAUUAUCACUUAUUCUUCAAAUAAUUAAAAAAUCAUCACCACAUUUUCAUCCAUUAGUAUAUGUUCUUACAAAUAAUGCUCAAUUUAAUAAUGAUUCGAAUCUUAAUAUAAUUCCAUCACCAUUUAUUGGUCGUGCACGAGGUUUAAUAACUGAAUAUGAACGAAAUCGAUUAAAACUUAUUGAUCUUCAAACAUCAUUAAAUAGUAAUAAUAAUCAAUCAACAUUUAUUCAUACUUUAAUAGAAUAUAUGAUUAAUUCAAGAUAUUCAAAUGAUAUUUGUCAAGUUGUUCUUCGUCUUAAUCAUACAAAUCAAAAUCAAGUUCAACAUUUAACAUGCCAUUAUGAAAUGUUACAAAAUAAUGAUGAUGAUAAAGAAGAGAAAUCUAAAUACGAACAAAUAUCUAUUAUACCUAAACGAGAUGCUGAUCAAAAAUCAUGUUGUAUUUGUGUACCACCAUCUCGUUUCCUUUCUCAAUUAACAUGGAUCGAAGAAGAUAGAGAAAAAGAAUUAUUACCACCAGAUAUGGUAGACUGA